AUUAGAUAUUCGUUUGGGUUUGGUAGCUCCAACUUAGGUAGGUUUAUCCAAAAUGGACGCUUAUUAUCUGUAUUCAACUUGGUUAAGUUUUAAAUUAUUGAUUGUUUUAUAUUGAAAUUUCCGUUAUCCAGAUCGAAUUUGUAAUAUGUGAGGAUUCUACUGUUGCAGGAGAUAAAAAUCUUUGUUAGAUUAGAAUAACAAAUUGUUUAUUUAAUCAUCUUAACAAUGUAAACAGAACUUUUCUAUUAAUCUUGUUCAUUUUUUAAUCUCAGGAAUUGUGCCUAUUUAGUGACUAAAAUCUGAAAUAAUGGCUCGCAAGAGACGGUCUAGUAAAGUACCAGCUAAGCGCAAUAACAGAAAAAAAAGUGACAGUGACCAAAAUUCCAAUGGUGUUUCUGAUGAAAAUGAAGUGGAUAACAAACAAGAUUCUAAUUCCGAUGACCUUCAAAAUUCCUCAUCCAAUAGUACAAACAACGAAAAAAGUCAUAAACGUUUUGGUAAAUACCGUUGUCUUGAACGGAGGCAUAGUAGCAGUCAGGAUGAAGAAUGUGAAUAUAAUACCAAUGACUUAAUGCCACAAGAAAUUCAGGAUAUUGUUUUAGGGGAUGUGAAAGAUGUCAUUAUUAGUCAGGAUGACAUUGCUAAUGAUACUUGCCUGCAAGGUGAUGUCGAACAUGAAGAAGUUAUUGAAGAAACCAUUGAAUGUGAAAGCAGUGAUGUAUUAGAUGAUGUUGAUAUAAUUGCAGCUAGUGAAAUGGAUAUUAGGACAGGUAGUGAUAAUUUAGAUUUAAACGAUGGCAGUGAAACUGUAAUUAAGAGUGAUAUUAUUAAGGAUUUUGAAAAAAAUGUAAAUAUUUCGUCAUCUGUAGAAGUUGAUAGCUUAAAUGAACAGGAAUUGGUUCCUGAUGUAGAUAUGCAAAGUGCCAAAAAUUGUAUAAUUGAUUAUCAUGUGUUAAGUGGUAUCAGUGUCAAUGAGGACUUGAUUAAAACAUGUAAUUUAAAAAUAAAGGAAGAAGAAAAUACUGAUAAGAGUGUGACUGAAGAGAAUAAAAAGAAUGAUGAUAAGAAAAAAAAUGUUUCUGAAGAACCUCUCAGACGGAGCAAUAGAAUCCGUGUGAACAAAUCAAAUGAAGAGGAGUCAUUGAAGACUUCGAAUUUGAAUGAGAUGAAUUUACCUCCACCUGUACAACAGAGCAGUAUUUUUGACAUAGACAAACCAGUCAAAGUGAAGUCAAGAUGGCGACGAACAAGUGAACUUGAAAUGGGUGGUUCAAGCGGCUGUGGGCUAAACAGUGAUGGUGAACAGAAUACUACUUCAACAUUUAGUAAUCCAGAGUUGCCUCCGCUUGAUCCAGAAGUGGAGGAACGAUUGAAGCGCUUUGAAAUAAUCUCACACAACGUUUUCCUUACUCCAAGAUCCAGAAGUAAAGAGGCUAAAAGGAUGAUUUGUGAUUGUUCUUUAACAAAAGAGGAAAUCGCUAAAGGGGAAAUGGGAUGUGGCGAGGACUGUCUGAAUCGGCUUUUAAUGAUUGAAUGUGGUUCAAGGUGUAUUUUGGGUAGUCAAUGUUCCAACAAAAGGUUUCAGAAUUGUCAGUACACCAAAUGUCAAGUGAUAAAAACAGCAAAAAAAGGACUUGGACUCAUAACUACCGCUAACGUUGUGGCGGGAACAUUCUUAAUGGAAUACGUAGGUGAAGUUUUGGAUCAUAAAGAGUUCAGAAGAAGAGCUAAAGAAUAUGCCAAAGAGAAAAAUGCACAUUAUUAUUUUAUGGCAUUAAAAUCAGAUACAAUUAUUGAUGCAACUGUAAAAGGAAACAUCUCAAGGUUCAUCAACCAUUCGUGUGAUCCCAAUGCAGAGACUCAAAAGUGGACAGUUAAUGGUGAAUUAAGGAUUGGUUUUUUUAGCAAAAGACCAAUAGCUAAGGGCGAAGAAAUAACAUUUGACUAUCAGCUUCAAAGAUAUGGAAAAGAAGCACAGAAAUGCUAUUGUGAUUCAAGAAAUUGUCGAGGUUGGAUUGGUGAAGAUCCUGACAAAGAGAAAGAUCGUGAAAAAAAAGAUUGGAGUAAUAGAAAAGAAAGAAAAGAGAAAAAAAGAAAAGAAGAGAAGAGAAGGGAAUUGCGAGAAUUCCUAAAUGAUAUGGAUUUAGAAGAGGAAAUAGAAAAGUUAUCUGUUAGUGGAGUAAAAAAUCAAAAGCACACCCUAACCCUUAGCCGCCUGAUGGUGAGAGCUGAGGAUGAAAUGUCUCGCUAUCCACUACUGGAAAUUGCUCAAGCAGCUGAUCCUUGUUGCAAACGACUCUUCUUAGAUUAUCAUGGGUUGGGUCUUCUUUGGUCAUGGAUGAUAGAUACUCGUUCUUCUGCAAAACUUAGAUUUGAGAUACUCAACACAUUAGCUGUGCUGCCUAUAACAAAUAAAACAAUUUUGAAGGAUAGUAAAAUAUUAAGUGUUGUUGAAAAAUGGGCUAAGGUCUCAAGCGAAGAAUCUAAUGACAAUAAAGAAAGCAAUGAGACAGAUGAUUCUAGCCCUGGAGAAUGUUCUGUGGAUAGAACAAUAAAUGAAAAAGUUAUUCUUGAACAAGAUGAUGAGUUAGAAAGAAAUAUUGUUGCAAAAGCUACAGAGCUUCUAUCGUCCUGGACAGGUCUCAAAGAAGAAUUCAGGAUUCCUAAAAAGGAAAGGAUAGAACAGAUGAAAGAACAUGAAAGAGAAGCUAACAGAGGAUAUGUAGACCCACGAGAAAACUUGUCAUAUGAUAGGCAUUGGAGUUAUGAAAAAGAUGGACGACACCAUAGAGAAAAUGAAAAAGAUAGGUAUAAUCGAGAAGGUGAAAAGGAAUGCAAUAGUAGAUAUAACAGAGAUACUGAAAAGGAAGCAAGAUUUAACCGUGAGAGGAAACGAGGUAGAGACUCACCUCCUGAUUCUGGUGUGCCCGAAUGGAGGAAACAUAGACCUGGAGAUGAUAGGCACAAUGGCCCAACUAAUCGUCUUUCAAAAACUGAAAGAAGACAAUUAUUUGCAAUGAAGGUAGAGGAAGAAGAGCGGCAAAGGAAAAUGGAAUCAUGGGCAAAACAUCAAGCCCAAAUGCUUGUACCACCAGCUCCUCAAAUGGAUCAAAAUUUCUUUCAACAACCAUCUUUUCAUCCUCCUCCAGAUGGUGGAGACAUAGUAUUUGGUGGAUGUCCACCAUCAUUUCCUCCCCCAUUCAUGGCACAAUCACAGCCACCUCCUCCAUUUCUUGAAGGACCAUAUCCACCCCCUCAGCCACCUGGCUACCAUCCAUUUACACCUCAUCCUCCUAUAGCUCCUCCUUACAGAGCUCCUGUACCAUCCUAUCCUCCAUUUCCUUACAAUCCUCCUCAGGUCUAUACUACAGCUCCUGCUUUAUCUACCCCAGCAUUACCUGUUCCUACAUUACCUACUCCUACACCUGCAGUUCCUCUGUCUACUGCUCCUCCCCCACCUCCACCUCCUCCUCAGCAUGUCUGUAUUCGACUGCCACCCAAAUGGAGAUCUGCUAAAGACAAAGAAGGUCGUAUUUAUUAUUAUCAUACCAAAACUCGUAAAUCACAAUGGCUAAUUCCGACUGAAGAAACAGCACCACAGAUGUCAGAAUCAGAAUCAGAUUCUGAUGAAUCAACUGAAGAGGAAGAAUCAUCUUCUGAGGAAGAAGAAGAUGUAAAGGAUGAAGAUGAAUAUGAAGAAGGUUUUGAGGAUGAAGAACUGACUAACAAAAAAGAAGAGGAAGAGCAUCACUCUUCUGAAAUCUUAUUAGAAGAGACACGAAUCGAAGAUAUCCCUACUCCAAUUGCAAUAGUUGCACCACCAGCCCUUAAGAAAAGACGAGAAGGACUUGUUCAAGUCAACAUUAUUAGCCCAAGGGAUGAAGAAGAUGAUUAUCGAUGUGGUAUCAAAAAGAAACAAAUUCGUGAAACUAAAGAAAGGUUGGCUAAAGAAAAGAAGAAAUUACGUAGUGGAGGUGCUGCAAAAUGUGAGGCUGAUACUUCAGUAGGUCCCCGGCGCCGUAAAAAGGAUCUCUUCAGAGUACAAAUGGCUAAUGUUGUUGUUUCACUUCUUAAUCCAUACAGGAAAUCAGAUUGCAAAAUAGCUAGAAUAACAAAUACAGAAGAUUUUAAACAUCUAGCGAGGAAGUUAACUCAUUUUGUAAUGGUGAAGGAAUUGAAACAUUGUGCUUCUGUUGAAGAGUUGGAAUGCAAUGAAAAUGUGAAACAUAAAGCCAGAGACUUUAUCAGAAAGUAUAUGUCAAAAUUCGGUCCCAUUUAUAAAAGGUCACCUGAUGAUUAGAAGACAUUUUUCUUUAUAUGUACAUUUGUAAAUAAAUUGAUUAACCCUUCUUAUUAUAUUUCUUUCAAAUUAUGUACAGAUUUGGGUUUAAGUUGAGAACUGCUCUCAUAUGAACCUCUAUGUUAAUAUUUUGAUUAAUUUUAUUAUUAAAAUUCAGUCAGUGUAUGUUUUGUAAAUGAAUAUUGUUAAUUUAAACAGAAGAAUUUCAACUUGUUUCCUUUGUGAAUUAUUGUAGUUUAUUUUUUAUUUGUUUAUAGUGAUGUAAUAAGUAAAUAUGUAUAUAUUUAUAUGUUUCCUUAAAAUAGGAUGUAAUUUUUGUUCAUAUUGUUGAAUUUUAUUGUUUUUUGUUUUUUUUUAUUUAUUGAAAGUUAUUUGUAGAUACAAACAAAAUUGUUUAUCUAAUAUAACUUGGUCAAAGUUUCAUUUGUUUACAUUCAUAUUACAAGCUUAAUUCCUUACAAUUAAUGCUGUGAUUCCUACACCACUGUCACUUUUGGGCCUAUUAGUAAAUAUCACUGUAGUUUUCUAAGAAUUGGUGAUAAUUACUUCAAUAAUCUCUAUGGAAAUAAACAUGUUCCUGUUUA